AUGGCUGAGGGUGGUUGGUCCCAACUCAUUUCAGCUUUGGAUAGAUCACAGUCCAAGAGAGAUGGAGGUUUUAAAAAUAAUUGGAGCUUUGAUCAUGCAGAAGAAAGUGAAGGAGAUGCAGAGAAAGAUGAGGCAAAUCUGCUCAGCAUAGAUGACAGUGAUGGGCCUUUCAGUCCCUAUGAAGAAAGAAAGUCACUUCGUUGUCGGCCUGGAGCUGUCGGCACCAGUGGUGAUUCCAUAAAAACUUAUGCAAGGCGAGGCAAAGCUGGAAGCUUGAGAUUUUUAAAAGGGAACGCAAUUGGCCUCAACAUGAUGGGAAAUAGCAAGAAACUGAGUGAAAAUGCUCAGAAUGUGUCUUGUCCUGUAACUGUGGUACAUGGUAGACGUUUUCACCAUGCACAUGCACAGACAGCAGUAGUAAAAACAGCAGCCCAAAGAAAAGAAUACCCGCCUCAGCUUCAGAAAGUAGAAGCAGAUCACGUUAGGUUACCACGGUCUCAAGGAAUGGACAGUAUAAUGGAAAACACAGAAGAGUCAGAGUCGGAAUCAGAAUCUGAAAUUAAAAGAAAGGUGCAACAGAAACGUCACUGCAAUUCAUAUCAGUCUGACUUGACACUAUCUUCUACAACAAAAAAAUGCUUAACCCAGUUAAAGGAUUUGCAAAGAGUCUCCAGACAAACUGUGACAUUAAAUGAAUCUGUGGGACCUUUAUCACGUUCUUCAAUACAUCAGAAUUCAACAGGGCAAAAAUCUUCAGGUACAGGGUUCAACACAAAGAAGUUUUAUAGUUCUGCUGUUGGGAAAGGUCCAACGGAUAUUCUACUGAGUAAUGAAGUUGUAGGACAUUCUAUGUUACGACAGAAUGGAAAAGUUGGUCUUAUAACUGGGACAAAAAAUCCUAAAAUUACAGGAAGCUUAAGACAGAGGAGUACAAGACCAUCUGAACUAAAUGAUCCAAUUGUUUUGUCUAGUGAUGAUGAUGAGGAGGAUAGUGGCAGCACUAGGAGAAUGGAAAGCAUUUCACCUCGUCCUGCAGAUUCAGCCCGCUCCUCCCCAGCUCCUUCUACAGGAAAGGUGGAAGCAGCAUUAAAGGAAAACAGUUGUGGAAUAGAACAGAGAAUAGGUAGUAUAACAACAGAUACAGAAAUUGCAGUCACACUACCAAGAAAAGCAAGAAUGAAAGAUCAGUUUGGGAACAUUGUGUCUAACACUCCAAUAAAACGUCGUAAAGUUAUUUCUCAAGAGAUUGUAACUGAGGCUGUACCUCUCAAUUAUCAAAAUUCCUGUGAAAGUGUCAUUCUGAACUGCCGAAGUAUACGAAUAGGAACGCUGCGAAGAAUGGUGGUGGAACCUGUGAUUUUUUGCCUGGAUUAUAUCAAAAUACGCCUAGAAAAAUCAGAAAGCGAUAUCCGAGAGAUUAACCUGAAAACUUCAGAACUUACCAAAUGUGAAUGGUGUAGUGUCCGAAAAUUACCGGUAGUUUUCCUACAAACAGUACCAUCAACCUGUAGUAGCCUGAGAGACCAACUUAAAAUGAGUAAAGAUAAUGUCUGGUACGAAUGUAAAGGAGACAGUAAGCUGACCUGUCAAGAAGAACAGUACAUCAUUUUGAUUUUUGAAACUGGUCUUGAUCCUCAUGCAAACUCAGUAUUUGAAAAAAUAAUUACUGACAUUGGUAUUAGAAAUAAUAUUUCUGACUUCUUUGUGAAAAUUUCCUUUGAAGAAGCCAAUGGCAGGCUUGUUGCAUUCACUAAGUGCUUGGAAGACAAUUCUAAAGGAAGCCCUUCUCACAGAGAAAACAAAAUUAAAAAUGUUGCUUCUGAGUCCAAAAUGCAGCAGCGAAAUAAACAGUUACCCUAUUUUGAUGAUGAUGAAGAAAUUGGAGAACCACAUACAGUAUUUAUUGGUCCUAUAGAAAAGUUGAUAGUUUAUCCACCUCCUCCAGCUAAAGGUGGUAUUUCUGUGACCAACGAAGACCUCCAUUGUCUAAAUGAAGGAGAAUUUUUAAAUGAUGUUAUUAUUGAUUUUUAUUUAAAGUAA